AGGAGGGCUUGGAAUUUGCAUUUAGCGAUUGGAAUUCCCUUCUUAUGUUGUUUUUGGUUUUUAAGUAUUAAUAAAAGUAAAGUGUAUCAUAUUGUCACUAUGACAAAUUUGCCAUAUACCUACGCUUUUUUCUACUUACGUUUAAUAUUUUGUAGGUACCCAAUUGUGAUAAGGAAGGAAGUCGAGACCGAAAAGAUAGGUCGACGAAAUAUGUGGAUCGAAGCAUAAAUCUAGCCUCUUCAAAUAUGUUGUCGUUUCACUCAAGCACGGGACAAAAUCGAGGUCAUCUUCCUCCUAGCCCAACCCCAGCGUGAAUGCCGUGCGUUGCGGUGGAAAGUUCUUUACGACUUAACCCCUUAAUCCGAUGAUCAGCCCAGCCUUAAUCAAAGACGAAGUUUCGCGGAAGGUACCCUAGCCAAGGUUUGUGUGGGAUUCGGAUAUAAAAGGCUAGAAGAUUGAUACUAUGAAGUUAAGGAAAAAAGUAGGAAAAUGUUUACUUGAUAGUUUCUCUUAUUAAUUACUAUUUCCAUUGUUAUAAGUUCAUGUUACUGAUGCCAUAUGAGUUGAUAUCUGUAACAGAGUCAAUGUCGACGACACUUAGGUCGCCUUCAUUAUCUAAAAUUAAAGAAAGCGGCAAUCAAUGCACAAUAUUGUAGUGGAAAGAAGGGAAUUAUAGUUUGGAGUUAAGUUUUUGUUGGUAGUGAAAGCAGGGAACUUUUUAAGAUUCGUAGUUGUAAUUUUUCUUCUAUUGUUGGUUGGUGGAUGGAAACUGAAAGGAUGAAUUAGAAACUUGUUAAGUUCAAUGGCAUAUCUGAUUUUGAGUUCGUACCUGGUCUCUUAUUGCAGGUGAGAUGGGGAGAAUCAAGCAUGAUAGAAGUGGAGAGGUUGUUGCUUGCAGUUGCUCGAGAAGACCCGGUGAAUCAAAGAUUUGUCAUGCUUUCUGACUGUUGUGUUCCCCUUUACAAUUUUAGUUAUAUAUACAAGUAUCUGAUGGCUUCUCCAGGGAGCUAUGUGGACAGGUAGAUAGCAGCCUGCUUGAUUCUUGAGGUGCCUAUAAUUGAUUCUUUACAAAUGGUUCCAUGAUAAAUCAAAUGAUAGUGUUCUAUCUGUUUUAAGCCUUUUCUGGUUCCUACUGAAGAAAUCACUUCAUUUUGUAGCUUUCUUAAUGUAAAGGAUGGUAGAUACAGCUCAAAGAUGUCACCUAUCAUCCCAAAAAACAAGUGGCAAAAAGAAUCUCAGGUUAUCCAUUUUCUGUUAUAGAUAACAUUAAAUUAAUAUAGAGAUGGUUGAGUGUUUGGGGAACUGGAUUUUUUAAUGAGCUGCUUUAGAUUCUUCAACUGGAUUUAAUAAGUAAUGGGAAUUGAUUAUUUCCAUCUUUGCCUCUCUUUCCUUGUAAAAAUAGCUGAAGAUAGAGAUCUACCCUUGUCUCUUUUUCAUGAGUUUUAUAUAUCUUUUUUACUACUACGAUAUAAAAAAUUAAGCUUUGGUUUCAACUUAUUUAUGUUUGUAGUGGAUCUCCUUGGUAAGAAGCCAUGCUGAAGUCGUUAUAAAUGAUGAGAUUAUUUUUCCAGUUUUUAAGAAAUUAUGCAAGGUACACAAUUAGCCGUUCUAUGUCUUUGGUUUCACUAAAUAUUAGAUGCUCAUUUCUGUCAAUUUUCAUUUCUGAAGGAUUAUGGAACUGACUGCUUUUUGUAUUGACCAUAUCUCAUUAACAUGCUAUUGUAGUGAAAUUAAACCAAUCCAGAUUGUAGUAUGCAAUCUAUAAGAUUACUUUGUUUUCUCCGAUUGGUUUGUUAUUGCUCACUUCUAUAUUAUGGAAUUAAUGUGCAUGGAAAGUAAAAGUUGCACAUAUAGAACUACGGAAGCUAAAAAUGGUGUUAUCCUCUUUCUUUAUAUCUCUACUCUUCUCUGAAUAUUCUUUACUGGGUGCUAGGAUACCAUGGUGUCUGGGUUAUUUAAUCUUAAUUUUUAAUUAUUUUGUGAAAUAAAAUUUGAUUGUUUAU